AUGGGCAGCACUCAGGACAUGACCCCGGUCAAGCCGGUCCUAUUCUUCGAUAUUGACAACUGUCUCUACCCAAGAAGUUCCAAGGUCCAUGACUUGAUGGCUGAUCUCAUUGACGAGUACUUCUCAAAACACCUGGAGCUUCCUUGGGACGAAGCAGUGAAGCUGCACAAGGAGUAUUAUACCAGCUAUGGCCUAGCCAUCGAAGGACUCGUGCGACACCAUCAGAUUGAUCCGCUCGAUUACAACGCGAAAGUGGAUGACGCCCUACCCCUCGAAGGGAUCAUCAAGCCCAACCCCGAGCUGCGUGAGCUCCUUGAGGAUAUUGACAAGUCCAAGGUUACCGUGUGGCUUUUCACAAACGCCUACGUAAACCAUGGGAAGCGAGUGGUUCGUCUCUUGGGCAUUGAGGACAUCUUUGACGGCCUCACUUACUGUAAUUAUGCGGAGCAACCCAUGCUCUGUAAGCCUGACCCCCGCAUGUAUGAGAAGGCCAUGCGCGAGGCGGGUAUUGAGCGAGUGGAGGAUUGUUACUUUGUUGAUGACUCUGGCUUGAACUGCGAAAAGGCGAAGGAAUUCGGUUGGACUGCAGCCCACCUUGUGGAGGAAGGAGUGCCUGCUCCCAAGACUCCAGUUUCGCAAUACCAGAUCCAGCACUUGCGAGAACUGCGCAACAUCUAUCCCCAGUUCUUCAAGUCUACAUCCAACUAG